CCGGCCUGACAUGACGAUUUCUCUUGGUUUACUACCCAUUUGCCCGUUUCCUUUCGUAUAUCCAAUUCGGGUUGAGUUCGACCCGAUGCUGCAUCUCGAACCCAGGCUAUCAGGACUAGCUUGAUUUCUACCUCUUCCUAUCUUCGCAUCAAACCCACCGAAGCAAUCGGCGGUCCAGAUUCGCCGACUAUAGUCUCCGAUUGUCGAUGUUAUUUACCGCCCACGCGCUCCAUCUAAGCUCAAGUACCUGUAUAUCUAUGCGCAGAUUCAAUUUCUGAUCAAGAGUCGCUUUCCAUGGCCUCUUCGGACAACGAAGAUGAAUCCCUUGCCCAAUUCCUUGAAUCCGAAGUACUCGCGUUUGCCGACCAGGAUGAAGAGAAUGAUGAAGAAGUGAAGGGAGGCAAAGAGACAAAGGAGAUGACAUCCAAGAAUCUCAUAGAAGAGAAUGAGGAUCCGGUGAAGGAGCGGGGAGAAGAAAGAGCACCUAAGAAAAUGAGAUUUGUUAAAGAUGAGGAGGAGAUAGACGAGGAGCAUAAGAUAUUAGCAAAAGGAAUUAGAGUUGACGAGGUUGAACAAGUGAAAUCUGUACUAUCAUCUCCAUUUUCAGCUAAGAGUGCAUCUGGUUCAUUGGAGAUGAACAAUACAUCUAAAGAAAGAAAAAACAAUGCUCUUUGGGCUCUGAGGUGGAUGGAAACUGGGGUUUUUCGCAAAAUACCUCCUGAGUUGCUUCACCAAAUACUUAAAUUCCUUUCCUCAGAGGAUCUUGUUGCUUGUUCACUCUCUUGCAAAUUCCUAAACUAUGCUGCAUCUGAUGAAUCAUUGUGGCGUCGACUGUACUGUAUGAGGUGGGGUCUGCUUCCACCAAAUAGACCACGGGAAUGUGCUUGGAAGAUGAUGUACAUUCAGCGAGAUACAGAUGAUAUGGCGGAGUUUGUUAGGCACUGUCCAUCUGAAUUCAAACAAUAUUACAUCCAAAUGCAGGCAGCAAAGAGAAGCCAAGCUCCUCUUCUUUCACAAGUGAACGACGAUCAUAUAAUACUUGAUAAGACUAUAGCCGAUCAAAUCUCCAUAUGGAAGAAAAACAAAGGCCUUAGUGAUAAAGUAUGUGCAGAUCAUGCUUGCUCUGGGGAGACUUGCACUUACUAUCAAAUUGGUGAUGUGUUUGUUUGUGAGAAUAGUGGACAAGUACAUGUAUGUGAUGACACAUGCAAGGAAGUCGUUCUUGAUCCAACAAAUGAGCUCUUGGUGUGUACCAUUUCAGGGCACUGUUUCGACAGAAUGUUGUCUCCAUCAGAAAUAGAACCGGAUGUGGAACAUCAGCAGGGCAGUGGGAUUGAUGAAGCAGAACCGUUCAUGGGAUCUGGCCGAUUUGCCCGAGCUUAUUUGCUAGGCUACAACUGUUAUGAUGAGAAGGAACUUGAAGCUGCUUUGAGGUUCUGCUAAUCCUAUUGCAUGCAUGUGUAUAUAGCUGUAUCGUCUUGUUGUAAUCUGGACCGUGGCAAGCAACGGAUAGCAGCAGAGAGUUGGUCCUAUGCUUACCAUGUUGGCAUGAGUUGUUGUAAUCUGGACCGUGGCAAGCAACGUAUAGCACUAUAGCAGCAGAGAGUUGGUCCUAUGCUUACCAUGUUGGCAUGGGUAGAGCAUCGGCUCAAGCGUGGUAGGGUGUUGUUUCAAUAAUGGCUUUUCACUUUAAGUUAUUAUUAUUAUUACUAUUUAUGUUAUGAUUAUGAUUUCUUAUUACAACAACUUAUCACAUCCCAAAUAGAGGUUAUAGCAAUGCAGCAUGAUGCACUUCCCCCAAUAAUAAUUAUUUUCAUGGUUAACAUUUAAGUAGAGAGAAAAUGUGGGUUGCUGUGAAUUGGUGAUUUUGGUCUUGUUUGGCAAUUGGCUAUUAGUUGUUAACUGUGAGCUGGUUAUGAUAGCAGUUUGAUAAUGG